CGUAAACCCGCCAUUUUGUGCUCCUUGCGACAAGUGAGAGGAAGUCCUGAUGAGUUCCGAGAAUACGGCAGACGGGCAGCGAGUGGCGGGCCUGAGCGGCGGCGGGGAGGAAGAAGAACAUGAUGUUCAUAAAUGUGGCCGGUGUCAGGCAGAAUUUUGCAGCCUGGAGGGGUUCAUUACCCACAAAUUGCAGAAGGUAUGCCAGCGGACCCAGGCUUCAUCCACAGGUGGUCCUGAGCAUCUCCAUGUCAACCAGGCAGCCUUUGAGGAGUCUGUGUCCUUGGAUUCGGCAAUCACUCUCACACAGUUGGUUGUGGCUUCCCUAGCACAACCUGAAGCAAACAGCAAAUCACACUCAGAUGAUGGGACCAACAAGGCAUGUCGGAUCUCAGAGGAGCAAUUCUGCGAAUACCCUCAGCUCCAGCAGGGUGAACAGCUCACCAGUGAAGAGACUGAUGGUCAGAGCUGUCAGAAGAACUUGGAGGAAGAGAGUGGGGCUGAAAAGAAGAGAUAUGAGAUGGUUCUGACUGACGAAGGAAGAUUCAUGUGUCAAGUCUGUGAAAAGACCUUUAAAACGGCUGUCAUCCUAAAGGCACAUAUGGUUACCCAUAGUGACAAGAAGCCUUUCAAAUGCAAGAUAUGUGGAAUGGCUUUCAGAACCAAGGGAUCUUUAGUUAGACACAAUCGACGGCACACAGAGCGGACGUAUAAGUGCCGGAUUGGUGGGAUGAGUAUUUUCGGGAAUCUGGAGCACUCACCUCGCCACCUGAAGGCUAUCACUCCUUGUAUAGAGAAAGUGAAUCUGAGCAACAAUAUGCAGAAGUUCUUUUUAUUUGCUUUAAAUAAACAGAUUGAAGAGUUGGUUUCUGCAGCAGCACCAGAGUCUCCAGAAACAACAGCAGUGAUCAGUGUGCUUACGAAUUCUGAAGGAAGCAUCGAGGAAGUGCAAGUUCAUGACGUGAGCCAGGCUCUGGAUUCAGAAGCUGCACAGAAAUAUCACCAACACAGCCAGUCACCUGCUUCCACGGAGCUGGCUCCAGAGGAGACUACCGAUGAGAAUCUGAUCUGUCAGGCCAUGAGGAAUUCUGGGAUUGUCAUAGAAACUGUUACCAUUGGAGAUUCCCAGAAAUCCACAGAAACACCUCCGUUGACUGCUGAAGGAGGCACAGAAGAAGGCAUUGUGGAGGACUGUGUUGUGAUGGAGGAAGAUGAUACGGCAGACUUAAAAAGUGAUAGCAACUGCAAACAGUUCAAGUGCCCUCACUGCAGUCGAGUGUUCCGCGGAUCUAGCUAUUUGCGCCUACACAUUAAAGCCCAUUUAGGGUACAAGCCCCACAGGUGUGAGCUAUGCGAGAAGGAAUUCAUGACAGCGUACAUUCUGAAGAAGCACCUGGAGUCACAUUACAAUGAGAGGCGCUUCAAGUGCGGGGAAUGCGGCAAGCUUUAUAAGAGCAUUGCCCACGUGAAGGAGCACAUGAGGGCGCAUUCAGAUGACCGGCCAUACCCAUGUCCAAUCUGUGGGAAAAAAUACAAGACCAAGAAUGCACAGCAAGUUCACUUGAGGACACACUCGGAGAACAAGCCAUUUGCAUGUGACUAUUGUACCCGAGCAUUCCGAGAGAAGGGCUCCCUCAUCCGACAUGUGCGGCUCCACACCGGAGAGAAGCCGUUCACGUGCUGUAAAUGUGGUCGAGGCUUUGCAGAACAUGGUACUCUCAAUCGACAUUUACGAGCCAAAGGUGGUUGUCAAGUUGGAUGUAAAGAACUGGAUCAGGUAGAGGUGUCACCUGGUGGCCAGUCUGCUGAUAGCGUUACUACAGCCAUCAUCACUGAUGACCCUCAUACAGUACUGGUGGAGUUCUCCUCAAUGGUGGCUGACACACAGGAAUAUAUUAUUAAGACUCCUGCUGAGGUGACAGAAAGCAAUGAUGUAGGCUCCCUAACCCAAGGCUCUAAGGUUGACAGCCAGAUCAUGAAAGUUGUGCAGCAAAUUGUGAACCAGGCUAGCUCUGGCCAUCAGAUUAUUGUCCAAAAUGUUUCCAUGGAAGAGAACACUGAGCAAGGCACAGAUACAAUCACCAUCGCAACACCUGACAGCCUAACUGAGCAGGUUGCAAUGACAUUGGCCUCCACCAUAGGGGAAGGAGCGGUUCUGGCAACAGAAGGCAGCCUGGAGGCCAGUCAGGACACUGUUACUGUGGUGACAGCUGACGAUAUCGAGAUGUUGGAACAUGCAGAUGAAUAUGUGAUAACUACUCAAGAUGGAGAGGUGGAAAUACAGACAGUGGUGGUGGGCGAAUAAUGGGUCUUCUGCUGAGUCUCGCUGUACCCUACUCAGGGAAAAGAAAUAAUUCACAGGGUAGAUGCAAGAACCCAUAAACAAGGACAUGAUGCCUGGUAGUCCACGCGGGAGCCAAGUGCUUGAGCUGCAGAGGGUUAAUUUUUAUUACUUAAGUGUUAUAUUUUUGGGCAAAAGGCCUUACUUCAGCACCUGAGUAGAUCACAAUGGAUUGUGCCAAGAUAACCAAUUGCUUCAGGCUGUGGCUGCACAACAUAUAUAGGGCUUGAAUCCAGAGGAGUUGCUUAUAGGUCCUGCUGCUGAGCAAUGUUGACUGGUAAGAAGAGGUCAUGUAAAGGUAUGCUUGGCCAAUGAACUGGAUUAAUGCUGGUUAAUAGAUGGGCUCCUCUUGUUUACUUUCAGUUCCAAGUUCUCCUUUUUGCUGCCUCAUUCCCUUAAUUUCUGUAAAAACCUUCCACGUGCCAAAUUGGGUCCUGCUGUUCUAUUAGACAGAGUUUUGGUUGCUCUGUGCAACACACUGAGCUGAGUUUAAUGCACUGCUUUCUUCCCAUGUAACAUGGCUUCUCUAAAGAGUUAUUCAGAGAAUCCAAUAAUGCAGUAACAGUCUGAAUCUGGGAGUGUGGCUCCAUGCUGCAACUUAAUGAGAAACUGACAUUAAUGAUUUGCAGUAGGAAAACAUUUCCAGUGAGAGUUGCAUCCCAGAUCCUAGCUUAUCUGUUCUGCGCAAAGUGGCUGAAACUGAUGAUGGAAGAACAAAAUUCCAAAUGUAAGAAGUUUCUACUUAAUAUGAUACAAUCUUUUAUGAAAGUAUUGCUGACUUGCUCAUUUGAAGACAACCCAUGAAAUGUCUGUACCUUUCUAAUUUACUGGUUCUUUAGAGGCAGUGAUACUGGGCAUUUGCACCAUUUUCUUGGGGGUGGGGGGGGUGGUGGGGAUGCUGCAUGUAUUUGUAUUGCAGGAUUACUCACUAGUUCAGUAGAUAUCCUCAACCAGUGACCACCCUAAACUCUGUAAGGACCCUGCAGGUGACAAGUCUGUGAUGUCUGGCCUCGUCUCUUAAAAUGUUUUCUUUUCACUUUUGUGCCAAGAGAUAUGAAGGAUAGCAAAGACACCCACAGGGAAAAAAACUGCCCAAAAUCUUGGUUAAAAUACUGGAACUCCAUGUUGAGUACACCUUGCUGUCGUCUUUGUAUAUGAUGUACAUGCAGCAGACUGUAUCACACAAUAAGCUUAUUUGCACUUUUCCAGGCUGUCAACCACUGACUUGUAAUAAGACUCCAGCUGCCUAUCUUGACUGUAAAUAAAAAGCAGCUUUUUAAAAACUGAUUUUUCAAAAAUAAAAACACAGCAUCUUUCUACCCCUGCUAACAAGCCAAAUAAGUAAUGUAUUAAUUGUUUGUCAGGAGUUGUUUCAGGAACAUUUUUCACACAGGAUAUUGUGGAGGAUUUUUAAUGUGCUUUAGAAAGAACCAUACCAUAGAAUCCUAUCAGGCUCGUGAGGCAAGAUCUUCCCUUCACAACGCUGUGCUGGCUGUCCCUAAUCAGUCCAUGUUUCUCCAAAUGCUCAUAUAUACUAUCUCUUAGAAUCCUUUCCAACAGCUUGGAAGGCUCACUGGUCUGUAAUUCCCUGGACUAUCCCUACUACCUUUUUUGAAUAAGGGGACAAUACGGCACAAUACAGGCCCUUUGGCCCACCACGUUGUGCCGCCCUUCAAACCACACUUAAGACUUUCUAACCUCUUCCUCCUUCAUAUCCCUCUAACUUAAAUUCCUCCAUAUGCUUAUCUAACAAUCUCUUGAACUUGUCCAAUAUAUCAGCCUCCACCACCACCCCAGGCAGCGCAUUCCAUGCACCAACCACUCUCUGGGUGAAGAACCUCCCUCUGACAUCACCCAUGAACUUCCCACCCAAUACCUUAAAGCCAUGCCCUCUUGUUUUGAGCAAUGGCGCCCUGGGAAAGAAGCGCUGGCUGUCCACUCUAUCUAUUCCUCUCAAUAUCUUGUAUACCUCCAUCAUGUCUCCCCUCAUCCUCCUCCUCUCCAAUGAGAACAGUCCUAGCUCCUUUAGUCUCUCCUCAUAAUCCAUACUCUCUAAUCCUGGUAAAUCUCCUCUGCGCCCUCUCCAAUGCCUCCACAUCCUUCCUAUAAUGAGGCGACCAGAACUGGACACAGUACUCCAAGUGUGGCCUAAUCAGAGUUUUGUAAAGCUGCAUCAUCACUUCGCGGCUCUUAAACUCAAUCCCCCGACUUAUGAAAGCUAACAUCCCAUAAGCUUUCUUAACUACCCCAUCCACCUGCGAGGCAACUUUCAGUGAUCUGUGGAUAUGAACCCCCAGAUCCCUCUGCUCCUCUAUACUGCCCAGAAUCCUGCUCUUUACCUUGUACUCUGCCUUGGAUUUUGUCCUUCCAAAGUGUACCACCUCACACUUCUCCAGAUUGAACUCCAUCUGCCACUUGUCAGCCCAGCUCUGCAUCCUAUCAAUGUCCCUCUGCAAGCUCCGACAGCCCUCCACACUAUCCACAACACCACCAAUCUUUGGGUCAUCUGCAAACUUGCUAACCCACCCUUCCACCUCGUCACCUAAGUCAUUAAUAAAUAUCACAAAAAGUAGAGGUCCCAGAACCGAUCACUGCGGGACACCACUAGUCACAGCCCUCCAAUCCAAAUGUACUUCCUCGACCACAACCCUCUGCUUUCUACAGGCAAGCCAAUUUUGAAUCCACACAGCCAAGCUUCCCCGGAUCCCUUGGCCUCUGACCUUCUGAAGAAGCCUACCAUGCGGAACCUUGUCAAAUGCCUUACUAAAAUCCAUAUAGACCACAUCCACUGCACUAUACCCUCAUCAAUCUUCCUGGUCACCUCCUCAAAGAACCUUAUCAGGCUUGUGAAGCAAGAUCUUCCCUUCACAAAGCUGUGCUGGCUGUUUCUAAUCAGUCCAUGUUUCUCCAAAUGCUCAUAGAUCCUAUCCCUUAGAAUCCUUUCCAACAGCUUACCCACCACAGACGUGAGGCUCACUGGUCUGUAAUUCCCUGGACUAUCCCUACUACCUUUUUAAGGACCACAUUCGCCACCCUCCAAUCCUCCGGUACCAUCCCCGUUGACAACGAGGACUCAAAGAUCCUAACCAACGGUUCAGCAAUCUCCUCCCUCGCCUCAUGAAGCAGCCUGGGGAAUAUUCUGUCAGGGCCCGGGGACUUAUCUGUCCUAACAUUUUCUAACAGCUCCAACACAUUCUCUUGAUAUCUACAUACUCUAGAACAUUAACCUUACCAACACUGUCCUCAGCAUCAUCAAGACCCAUCUCCUUGGUGAAUUCUGAAGAGAAGUAUUCAUUGAGAACCUCACCCACUUCCACAGCUUCCAGGCACAUCCUCCCACCUUUGUCUUUAAUUGGACCUACCUUAACUCUAGCCAUCCUUCUGCUCUUUACGUACGAGAAAAAAGCCUUCGGAUUCUCCUUAACCCUACUCACCAAAGCCUUUUCCUGUCCCCUUCUUGCUCUCCUCAGCCCCUUCUUAAGUUCCUUCCUUGCUACUCGAUAUUCCUCACGAGCCCUGUCCGAUCCUUAUGUAUGCUGCCCUCUUCUUCCUAACUAGUUGUUCCACCUCUCUCGUCACCCACAGUUCCUUCACCCUGCCAUUCCUUCUCUGCCUCACCGGGACAAAUUUAUCCCUAACAUCCUGCAAAAGAUCCCUGAACAUCGACCACAUCUCCACAGUACAUUUCCCUUCAAAAAUGUCACCCCAAUUUACACUCCCAAGUUCUCACCUUAUAGCCUCAUAAUUUGCCUUCCCCCAAUUAAAUAUCUUCCCGUCCUCUUUGCUCCUAUCCCUGUCCAUGACAAUCCUAAAGGUUAUGGAGCAAUGGUCACUGUCCCCCAAAUGCUCACCCACCAAUAGAUCUGUCACCUGACCCGGUUCAUUACCUAAAACUAGAUCUAAUAUGGUAUUCCCUCUAGUCUGCCUGUUACAUACUGUGUCA